CACUAGCUCUAUGGCUAACAGUAGUGAGUCUGGUGGGAAGAGAGGAGGAGGGAGAGGAGGGAGAGGAGGGAGAGGAGGGAGAAGACAGGCCAGAGAAGACACACCAGAUGUGAGGCUGUCAAAAUUCCUCUCUUUUGUCUGCCGCCACAAGGCACGUGAUCUGGGACUGUCUGUCCGUGAAGGAGGCUGGGUGGCUGUUUCUGACAUCCUCUCGUUGCCAAGGGGGCGUGGUUUCACUGAGGAGGAUGUGAGGAGGGUAGUGGCCGGGAACGACAAGAAGAGGUUUGCUCUGCAGGAGGAACCUGAAGACAAAGGACUGCUUGUCCGAGCCAACCAAGGCCACAGUAUGGAGGUGAGUGGUUUGGAAUUGAGACCGAUCACGAGACCGGAGGAAGUGGUGUGUGUGGUACAUGGGACGAGAAUGGAGGCGUGGACCAAGAUACGAGACCAGGGACUGAGUCGGAUGCAGAGAAGCCAUAUCCACUUUGCGCAGGGUCUUCCUGGAGAUUCAGGAGUCAUUAGCGGUAUGAGGGCAAGCAGUCAGGUACACAUAUUCAUUGACAUGGAGAAAGCCUUGGCAGAUGGGUACAAGUUUUUCCUCUCUGCCAACGACGUUGUGUUGUGUCCUGGCAACGAACAGGGGCUCCUCCCACCUCGUUAUUUCAGCAGAGUUGUAGAAACUUCAUCAGGAAAACAGCUUUUAUGACUUCUUGAGUUGCAAAAAAAAAUUUAUUUCUGGUACAAAAAUAUUAUGUCGGUCGUGUAUGAUAAUAAACAGCUCUACAAAUGAAGCUAUAGCAACGGACACAAGUACACAAAGUAUAUGACAUGGAAUAGAGACAGGAGAAUGGAAUGGAGACGGAUACACACUGGAAUUAUAAAAAAAUAAACUACACAUCCGGUGGCUAGCACCAGAAGAAAAGGCACACACACAGUUUUCUGGCAGUUUCGAUGUCAUCAAACAGUACUCACUUUGUACCCAACCCUCUUUG